AUAAACUGGUAUGUGACAAAGCCAGGAUUCCAAGCUGGGUAGCCUGACUUCCAAGUCCAUACUCUUAAGUGUCAUAUCACACCACAUCACCUUCUAUAUUACGAUCCUGGGAUCUGAUUUACUCACUACCUUUAUUUUACCCAAUUUACAAAUGACUGUAUUUGGCACAGGGUAGGUAAUUUAACAAACAAUUAUAGAAUUAAGUAUGCCUAAUAUAGAAAUGGAAGUCCUAAAGGGCUGUGACAAAAUAAACCUUAAAAAAAAAGUAGAUGAUGCUCAAUAGAAACAAGUAGUACAGGAUUUCACUAAGGGUUGGCCUUCUCCCCAUACAUAAUCACAGAUUAAGGGAAGGUGCAAGAUACCUCACAUCAUUCCAAAAAGGAAUCUCAAUAUCUAGAAUCUCAGCGCUGUGUGGGUACACAAAAAUGACUCAAACCCACUAGAAUAGAGGUCUUGGGAAACGCUGAAUGACACUCCCAGCCUUCGUUGUCCCUAGGGUGGCUCAGUGAUCCAAUAGGGUAUAGAUAACUGUUGAGAAAAUAAUCCUAUUUUGAUGAAUGUAAACAGGGUUUAAGAAGCACAAAGUACAAUGACUGACGGGUUUUAAAAAAAUCUUUUGAUAUGUAAUCAAUUCCUCUUACACAAAGACAAAAAAGAGGCAGAAUGAUAGAGAAUUAAGUUAAAAAACAUAUAGCACAAUAGUAUGCCAACAGACUUGGACUUUAUCCAUUAGACUAGGCGCAUCCAGCAGUGAAAAGGCUCAGGAUGCAAAAGUAUUUUACUAGAGUUUUAACAAUACGAUUAGUAAAUUAAGAAAUGUUACAAGCAACAAAGAAGCAGUGAAAUACGAAUUUGGAGCAAGAAACUGUAGAGGAUAUCUGGAAACUCAACUGUACUAACUUGUGUCUGAGAUAUAUAAAUUUCUGUAUUUCCAUUUCUGCCACUUCCCUAAGCAAGAGAAGCCCAUACUGGGUCUGACUCCCGCCCCCUCUCCCGCUGCUGCGAAACCAAGCCUGGCUAGGGCCGUCCACUACAGCGGACACCAGCAAAAGGGACCUCGCAACUCACCAACGAGGCAGGACACGGACAUGCUCGGGCCUGUAACCAGACUGAUGCUCAGGCGUUUGUCCGGCUUGAGCUCUACCCAGCCCUCACUUACCCAGGGGGCCUUUCCCCGCGGCCUUCGCUUUUAGCUCCUCGAGUUUCUUUUGCUCCUCCUUCUGUUUCUGCUUGAAUGCCUUAUCUUCCUACGGAAAGGGAGAGCGGAUUCACUCCCGGCGGAUUUCUCAGACCCUCCGCGCCCGCCCACGCCUCUGCACCAGCCCUCACCUCGUCCAUCUCCUUGGCUUGCUUCUUGGGCUGCUUCAGAGGCUUCUUCUUGCCACCUGCGUGCGACACGAGCACGCUCAGCCUGGCCCCCGCCGGGUCCCGUCCCUCUCCGCCCCGCCCCACCCCAUCAUCCCCGCACACUUACCUCCGCGACCCGACAUGGCGCCUGCCGCCCCUUCCCCAGACCCUCCACCGGAUGCAGGGCUCUCCGUCCCACCCCCUGAGCCUAUACCUCCAUGCGGGCCCGCAGAUUGGCUCCUGGUUCGGAAGUUGCGCUCCCGCUGCCGGAAGCGGUCCGGAGGCGGGCACUAAAGGGUCAGAGAUCAACUGAGUGACUGGCGCACGUUUGGGUUUGCGGCUCCGGCGCAAAACCCACCAGGCACUGAGGAUGCAGCAGUGAAAAAAACAGUGCCUGCCCUGGCAGAGCUGCCGUUCUGAUCUCCCGAUGACAGGGUGCAGCCCUGUGCUGGCCAUGCGGCACGUCGUGGGUGUGUCUCCCGUACUGGUGCGGAGAGGCCUCCUUGGAAGGGACCUCUUUAUGACCAGGACUCUCUGCAGCCCAGGCCCCAGCCAGCCCAGAGAGAAAAGAUCUGAGGAGGUGGCCCUCGGGCUGUACCACCGCCUCACAGCGCUGGGAGGAGCCCUGGGGCACAGCAUUCAGCAACGGGCGUCCUCCAUGGCCAAGACUUGGUGGGACAGAUAUGAAGAGUUUGUUGGACUCAGUGAGGUUCGAGAGGCCCAGGGAAACGUGACUGAGGCAGAGAAAGUGUUCAUGGUGGCUCGAGGGCUUGUCCGGGAGGCUCGGGAGGACUUGGAAGGUCAGCAGGCCAAGCUGAAGGAGGUGAGGGACCGCUUGGACCGCAUCUCCAGAGACGAUAACCAGUACCUGGAACUGGCUACUCUGGAGCACAGGAUGUUGCAGGAGGAGAAGAGGCUUCGUAUGACCUAUCUGCGUGCCGAAGACUCCGAGCGAGAGAAGUUCUCCCUCUUCUCUGCAGCUGUGCGGGAAAGUCAUGAGAAGGAGCGCACUCGGGCUGAGAGGACCAAGAACUGGUCCCUCAUUGGGUCAGUCCUGGGGGCCUUGAUUGGUGUGGCUGGCUCCACCUACGUGAACCGUGUGCGGCUACAGGAGCUGAAGGUCUUGCUUCUGGAGGCUCAGAAGGGGCCUGUGAGCCUCCAGGAAGCCAUCCGAGAACAGGCGUCCAGCUACUCCCUCCAGCAGAGGGACCUCCAUGACCUCAUGGCAGACCUGAGGGGCCUGGUGCAAGCUGGGCCUGGGCAGAGCUCUUUGUCCCAGGCAGGUACUUCCCCCACCCGAGACAGAGACACAGAGGUCCUUUCAGCUGCCUUGAGAGAGCAGCUCAGCCAUUCCAGGCAGGUCCAUUCAUGUCUAGAGGGUUUACGAGAGCAGCUUGAUGGCCUGGAAGAGACUUUGGGCCAAGUGGCUGGGGUGCUUCAGCUUGCAAAGGCUGCAGCGCACCCAGGCCUGGUGGAGCCGGCAGAUGGGGCCCUGUCUGGGUCCUUGCUGGAACAGGGGAGCAUGAUCUUGGGGCUGUCAGACAUGGAGCAGAGGCUAGAAGCCCAGGUCAACAGGAACACCAUCUAUGGCACACUGGUCACCUGCGUGACAUUUGUGGCCAUCCUGCCUGUGCUGUAUAUGCUGUUCAGGGCCAGCUAGCCCCUGGACCCACCUCCAGAGGGAGGAGGUAUGGAUGUGGAUUUAGUUAGAGAAUGAAGCAAUGAAGUGAGCCUUCAGGGGUGCACUCAACCUCAGCCUGAGUCUGUGUGGCUCACCAGCAGACAUACUUUGCUUUUUAGGCAACACUCAUUUACAUUAACUAUCGAAAAUUUGUGAUAACGUCCAAUUAAAGUGUCUUUAAGUUUGUCUUAUUUAAA